AUGGAACAUUCCUAUGGCUUACUCACUGGCCAAAAGUCAGUGCCACUGAAGAGCAUCUCUGUGACCCUGUCCAUCAAUGACUUCGAGGCUGGGGUCUCUGCAACCUUAAACUAUGAGAAUGAGGAAAAAGUCCCCUUGGAGGCCUUCUUUGUGUUCCCCGUGGAUGAAGACUCUGCUGUCUACAGCUUCAAGGCCUUGGUGGAUGGGAAGACAAUUGUGGCAGAACUGCAGGAGAAGAUGAAGGUGCGGGCUGACUAUGAGGAUGCGCUCUCCGGCCACCAGGCCUACCUAUUGGAAACAGACUACUAUUCUAGGGAUGUCUUCUCUUGCAACAUUGGGAACCUGCAGCCUGGGGCCAAAGUGGCACUUACUCUGAAGUAUGUGCAGGAGCUGUCCCUAGAAGCAGAUGGGGCCCUGCACUAUGUGCUCCCAGCAAUCCUGAAUCCUAGGUACCAGCUAUCUGACCUGUCUGGGGACAGUUGCCUGGAUGUGAAGACUCCCAUAGUCCCUUUGGUAGACCUGCCCUACACACUCAGCAUGAUGGCCACCAUCAGCUCUGAGCAUGGCAUCGAGAGGGUCCAAUCCAACAGCUCCUUGAAUCCUGUUGAGUAUCUUGGAGAGGAUAAGACUUCUGCCCAGGUUUUCUUGGCUGAAGGACACAAGUUUGAUCGGGAUGUGGAGCUCCUGAUUUACUACAGGGAAGUGCAUAGCCCCAGUGUAUCUGUGGAGAUGGGGAUGCCUGAAAUGAAGCCUGCCAUUGUGAAUGAUGCGGCAAUAAACAUUUAUGUGAAAGAAACACUGCUUCUAUUGAUGAAGAGUUUGCCUCUAGGCUGUUGUUUCAACAUCUAUGGAUUUGGAUCUUCCUAUAAAACAUUCUUUCCAUAAGUUCCUUUGAAGGCUGGAGUGAAAAGUGUGCAGUACACUCAGCAAACAAUGGAGGAGGCAGUGAAAAAUGUGAAUCGUCUCUCUGCAGAUCUAGGGGGAACUGAAAUCCUGAGACCACUCCAGCACAUUUACAAGACACCAGCCAUUCCUGGCCACCCCCUUCAGCUUUUUGUCUUCACAGAUGGAGAUGUUAAUGACACAUUUAGUGUAAUUAAAGAAGUUAAGUUGAACAGCAAGAAACACAGAUGUUUCUCAUUUGGAAUUGGAAAAGGUGCCUCCAGUAGUUUAAUAAAAGGCAUUGCCCAGGUAUCUGGGGGCUCUUCAGAGUUUAUCUCAGGCAAGGACAGGAUUCAGACCAAGAUGAGGACCAGGCUGUGCCCAGAGAUGCUCAAGUCUCUGAAGUCUGCUCUGCAGUUUCCAGUGGAAGACAUUUCUUUCAGUUGGAAUUUGCCUCCUGGUCUGGGUGCUAAUGUGCUUUCUCUAGGAAGGACUGUCAUUUUUAAGGGUCAGAGGUUAAUCAUCUAUAUCCAACUGAUUGGGAAGUUGCCCCAAGCAGAGUCCUCAGGAAAGGUGUGUCUGAAGUAUACCUUCCGGGGCAAGAGCUUUGAGGAAAACAUGACAUUUUCUCUUCAACCCAAGCCCCAUGACAAGAAAGAAAUCAAGUUUACUUCCCCUCCUCUCCUGCCAGUUCUCACCGGUUUCCUUGUCAUUUGUCUAUUUCAUCUCUUUUGCUUUUCUCUAAUUUGUAGCAAGCAGAGUCCUCAGGAAAGGCAGAGCUGGAAUGCAGUGAAAGUCUAUGAUGAGAUUUUUGAGUGCAUCAGUGAAGUGAUAAAUGACUGGAGGUUGUUGAUAUCGCUAAUUUCCCUCCAAAAAGCAAAUGCCUGGGACCUGGAUGAUGGUUUGGCCAAGAUCCUGGGUACUAAUUUGGAAUACAUAAAGGCUGCAAACCCUACCGAGCAUGAAGACUCCUCAGUUUGGGCCACUGUGCUGGCUGUGCUCUGGCUGCAUGCCCAUCACAAGGACUUGAAGUGUGAGUGGGAACUUCUGGAAAGAAAAGCCGUGGGCUGGAUUCACAUCCAUGCAGCCGGCUCCAUCCCUGUGCUUGUGCAAGCCGCCAAUACUUUCCUGAAAUCAUCUGUGGAUCCAGUUGUCCUUGACUUCUAA